AUGGCUGGUCUCUUGCAAAAACUGUCACUUGCGUUCUUAUUAGCUACUAGCGUUACUUCAAAGCCAAUAUCCUCCCCAAAGAAUCCGAUAUUAGCACCAAGAGCCGGCCUCGAUAUCCUGAAAACAACAGUGACGGAUACCCAUACCCUUGACUGGAUCCCCAUCGACUCUCAAGGCACCAUCGCCUCUGCUCCUCCCCUUCCAGCACGCCGUACCAAUGGCUCCACGCCUACAGUCGAGCUCAUGCAACCCGGUGCUGAAGUCGGCCCCCUCGGAAGCGUGCCUAUCCCACGGGUAAACCCAAAGCUUCAAGCCAGUACCAACCGCAUCACCAAACAGCUCCCCGCAACCAAUCACUCGGCACAAAAACAAGAACAAAAGUCCAAGAGACAAUACAGCGGAAACCACUGGUACGUGUCAUCCGACCAAAGCGUAGCCAACAUUGGCGGCUCGGCGAUCUUCAGCAUCUUUGCGCCCUACGUACAGAGCUCGGAAGACUUCUCCCUGCUGCAAACCGCAGUCACGAGAAACAAUGUCCCGAUCCCAAAUAAUCCUUCUUCAAGCGGAUCGCAAACCCUCGAGGCGGGCUGGAUCAACUACCCGAACCAAGUGUCUAGCCCGCAUCUGUUCACAUACUUCACGACAUGUGCCUACCAGUGCUCUGGUGAUAACAAGGGGGGUUGGAAUGCGGAUCAAGCAGGAUGGAUCCAAGUAAACAACAAAUACUACCCCGGCACCGUCUUCGUACCCAACAGCGUAGACGGCGGCGCACAAUACGAAAUCCAGAUCGAAUACCAGCUAUACCAAGGAAACUGGUGGCUCUACGUAAUCGACACCUGGAUCGGUUACUACCCCGCGUCCAUCUUCUCCGCCGGCGAAGCAGACGCCUCUGUAACCCUCGCCGCUGGCUCCGAUACGAUAUUCUACUAUGGCGAGGUAUUCAAUAACGAGAACGCGCUGACGACAACGGAUAUGGGGAGCGGAGAGUUCGCGGCUGCGGGCGCGGGCAAGGCGGCGUAUAUGAGGAAUAUGGUGUAUCAGGAUGCGAAGAGUGGGUUUCAUGAUUAUACGGGGGGAUUUUGGAAUUCGGAUAUCGCGAGGUAUACUAAUGAUGCCCACCUUUCUAGUGGAACGAACUGGGGUAGCUACGUGUAUCUUGGUGGACCUGGGGCUGGUGGCAUUAUUCGUGGAUGA